AAGCUACAGGUAUUGGUAUGCUGAUUGUGAUGCAUAUAUUUUUUCAAGAGUUUUUUGCAUAUAGUCCAGAGAUCGCAAUAGGUAGUUUGGUGAUCUGAUAAUAAAUUGCACAGGCACCCACGCCGAGGUACAGGUCUCUUCUCGAAGGCCCUUAGUAGGCACAACUGGCGAGGACACGCACCCCAUCGAAGGGCCGACUGUCGCUGACCCUUGACGAUACGAGGCGGUGGCGUCCCAUGAAUGAAGAGAUGACUGUGUUAUGGUUUCACCUUUAGCUAUGCUUGAGCUUGAUCUGCAUCGGCAACUAAAAGUUCGUCGCGCUAGGCACGUCGAUCGAGGUCUUUUCUAAGACAAGAAACGUUGUAUUCUCAACUUUGGAUCUCGCCUUGGAAAAAUGUUCAGCUUUUCUUUAUAGAAGUACAUGAUUAGGAUUUUGAAAUUUUCUCAUUUAAACAAACCGGAUAACAACUAAUUAAUCCACACUUUUUUUCUUCUUGCUUUCUUCCUGGUCCUCCACUUUCUUAUCUUGUUAUCUUCCUGUGCCAUCAAGAAAAUGACCGUGACAUUACUCGGCUUGUCCAUCCUGUUAUGGACCAACCUCUGCACCGUUCCUGAUGAGGGAGUUUAUGCUGUCAUCGUGCCACAGGGAGGUCGAACCGAGGAAGACGGGGUAGAUCAUCAAGGCGAUGGCCCGUUCGUUCGCUCAUUCGCGUCUGGGUUGCGGCCGCCUCUUGCUCCCCUGCCGACCAAAGAUCGGUUUGCCGGAUACUACGCUUUUCCUGGCACCACGAGUGGUCUGCGUGAUGAUAUUUCUGUCGCAGAGGAGAUUGCAGACGAGCAACAACGGAAGAAUUGUUUAGGCGUAGAGAAACUCAAUAUAUACGGAUGAACAGCGCUCCUUCUCAACCCCGAUGGAUGCCUCUUCGCGCGUAGCAGAGGGCUAUUACGUUUCGAGCUAUGUAGAAAUUCAUGCGGCACUACCUGACGGGCGCCCUGCCUUUGACACGAUCACAGUCGAAAGUGGCCAAUUGCCCACCCUGGAAAGCAUGAGUCGUGGCUCUAGCAAGCCUCGAGAAUUCGAGUUUGGGAAGAGAAGAAAUGUACUUCCACGGGUCACGGUGACUCGCGUUUUGCGCGAACACGUAAUGGCAGAGACGCUCCGUGAGAUUCACACGAAGACGCAUAGGCACGACCGUUUCACUGGAACUCUCAGCGAAAAUCUGCGUCUCACUCCUCACAUUGGGAAGCCCAAGAGCACUUUAUCGGGAGGCGCACAACGAGGGCAAACAAUAGUUCCCAACAGAAGGAGCACCUUGCCGGGUCUCGAACAACAAGGACGAGAAGUACAAGGUGGAGACGAGUCUACUGAACAUAAGAGUCAGAGCAGCUUCCGGCUUCACAGCGUGAGCCCCGACUCGGGAUCGGCGUGGGACCUGAAAGAACGCAUCCAGAAAGCGGAUGCUCAAAUCCAUGCUGCUAUUGAGCACUUCUGGGCAAACGGGACGGUAAAGAAGGCGAACGAAGAGGCGAAUGGAUUUGCAACGACCUAG